AUGACUGCGCAAAGAUUUGAACAUCAGGCCCCAUUGACGGAACGAAGUCCCGGGCUACUUCAAUUACCUACUGAGAAUUUAUUGUGCAAACAACUUAAUCGGCCAACAACACUGUCAUUCUUGCUCGUGUCUCCUUCAGCCAAUUUCAUGAAUAUCAAGGUCCUGCGCCCUGUAGCGAAUCAUCCACAUUUCAGACAACUUGUCACCGAGAUUACGUGGGACGACGAAUGCAAGGACAACAUCCAUGGUAGAAGACGGCAGAACGACCGCGAUGUGAACAGGCACGACCAUAUGGGUCGCCAGCAGCAGGUGGAUGCACACAUGCCUCAUGUGGAGUACGUUACAAUCCGAGUAUUUCAUUAUAGAACUCAAUAUCCCGUUCCACUGGGAUGGCAGAUUGCCCGUGACUAA